CUCUGCACUCACAGUUCCUAUAGAGUGAGCACAGCCCCUUCCCAGUCCCGGGAGGCCGCCGCGCCAGCCACAGAUCCACACAGGCCGGCUCUGGACCUGAAACCAAGCAGCCUCCGGGAAGGAGAGGCAGGGGUCCUGUCGCCCGGUCCAAAGGCUCAGCACUCUCUUCUGGCUCUGAGGUUUUGAGAAAGGAAGAGUGGUACAGCUUCUGAAGCAAUAGCUGGUUUGGGUCCUGCCUGAGUUGAGGAGUAUCCAUAUCAUCAUACGAGAAUCACGUCUCUUACCAACGUCCAUCAAACUUCUGGAAGAGUGAAACUCCGGGCAACUCUUGGAGGUCAAACAUUGUCUGAAUCUCACCUCAUCGCUUCUCCUCCUACCUCCGAAGACCAUGACCUUGGGGAUCUUCAGAAGGGGCCUUUUGAUGCUGUUGGUGGCCUUGGGCCUAACCAGGGGAGACUUGGUGAAGCCCUCCAAGCUGGUAAACUGCACUUGUGAGAACCCACACUGCAAGAAGCCGAUCUGCCAGGGGGCAUGGUGCACAGUGGUGCUGGUCCGAGAGCAGGGCGGGCACCCCCAGGUCUAUCGGGGCUGCGGGAGCCUGAACCAGGAGCUCUGCUUAGGACGUCCCACAGAGUUUGUCAACCAUCACUGCUGCUAUAGAUCCUUCUGCAACCACAACGUGUCCCUGAUGCUGGAGGCCACUCAAAUUCCUUCGGAGGAGCCAGAAGUAGAUGCCCAUCUGCCUCUGAUUCUGGGUCCUGUGCUGGCCUUGCUGGUCCUGGUGGCCCUGGGCGCUCUGGGCUUGUGGCGUGUCCGGCGAAGGCAGGAGAAGCAGCGGGGUCUGCACAGUGACCUGGGCGAGUCCAGUCUCAUCCUGAAGGCGUCUGAACAGGGAGACAGCAUGUUGGGGGACUUCCUGGACAGCGACUGUACGACAGGCAGCGGAUCCGGGCUCCCCUUCUUGGUGCAGAGGACAGUAGCACGGCAGGUUGCUUUGGUGGAGUGUGUGGGAAAGGGCCGAUAUGGCGAGGUGUGGCGCGGCUCGUGGCACGGCGAGAGUGUGGCGGUCAAGAUUUUCUCCUCACGAGAUGAGCAGUCCUGGUUCCGGGAGACGGAGAUCUACAACACAGUUCUGCUUCGACACGACAACAUCUUAGGCUUCAUCGCCUCCGACAUGACCUCGCGGAACUCGAGCACGCAGCUGUGGCUCAUCACCCACUACCACGAACACGGCUCCCUCUAUGACUUUCUGCAGAGGCAGACGCUGGAACCCCAGCUGGCCCUGAGGCUAGCUGUGUCCGCGGCCUGCGGCCUGGCGCACCUACACGUAGAGAUCUUUGGCACUCAAGGCAAACCAGCCAUCGCCCAUCGUGACCUCAAGAGCCGCAACGUGCUGGUCAAGAGCAACUUACAAUGCUGCAUCGCAGACCUGGGAUUGGCAGUGAUGCACUCACAAAGCAGCGAUUACCUGGACAUCGGCAACAACCCCCGAGUGGGUACCAAGAGAUACAUGGCACCCGAGGUUCUGGAUGAGCAGAUCCGCACAGACUGCUUUGAGUCGUACAAGUGGACAGACAUCUGGGCCUUCGGGUUAGUGCUAUGGGAGAUCGCCCGGCGAACUAUUAUUAAUGGCAUUGUGGAGGAUUACAGGCCGCCCUUCUAUGACAUGGUACCCAAUGACCCCAGUUUUGAGGACAUGAAAAAGGUGGUGUGCAUUGACCAGCAGACCCCCAUCAUCCCUAACAGGCUGGCUGCAGAUCCGGUCCUCUCCGGGCUGGCCCAGAUGAUGCGAGAGUGCUGGUACCCCAACCCCUCCGCUCGCCUCACUGCACUGCGCAUAAAGAAGACAUUACAGAAGCUCAGCCACAAUCCAGAGAAACCCAAAGUGAUUCACUAGCCCAGGGUCACCGGACUUUCUCCGCCUAAAGUAUGUGCUGGGGCAGAAGACAUAGCCUGUCUGGGUAGAGACAGUGUGAGCAUGCACUCUGCCCUGUGUGUGCCUGCUCAGCUUGGCCCUAAGCCCAUCCAGCCAAAAAUACAGCUGGGCUGAAAUUCUAUCUGCCUCUGUGCUGUCUGGCCUGCUCAAAGUGGCCGGCUCUCUGACGCCUGGCUGGGUUCCCCAUCCCCAAGGCCAGCAGGGUACACCCCCUACCACUCUCAGGGCAGGGUGGCCAAGUCAGGGAAUCCCGGGCCCGGAUCCUGGGCUUUCACUCUCCCUUACCCUUGGUCAACCUUUCUGCUCCAUCAGAGUGGCCAGGAUGGCACAGGGCCCUGUCCAGUUUCAGCAGACAUUCCACCUGCUGGAGCUCAGCCAGAGAGAUAUUCAGCCGCCUCGGUGUCUCUCUGUGGGUGUUUAUUGCUUCUAUGAUGCCUUUCAGUCGUCCUGACUAGACCCCCUAGCUAGUGAAUGCUAGUUUCUUGGGAGAGGCGGUACCUGACCCUUUUACCCUCUCAGAUGGCUCAUAAGGGCAUGAAAACCCAAAGGUCCUCUGAGGAGAGGGUCAAACAUGGUGGAAGUGACCAACCCAGUGUUACUCCAUUCGAAAGGAGAGGACUUCACCGUCUUACCAUCUCAGGUUUUGUCCCGAUGUCCUUUGAGAUGUCUCAGACCCCGAUUUUCUUUGAAGCUCAGGCUGUGUAAAAGCUGAGUCUUGUCUCCUACACCCCAUGACCCCUUGAGUCAAGCUGGGGUUUGUAAAUAACCAUCAGGGUCCAGGAUGACCUGAGGUGCCCCCGGGCUAAUUUCCAGGCUCCAGCUCUUGCCUUAAGCUAUGCUAGUGGCCACCCUGGGACCUGGGCAGCACAGGAACUUCUGACUCUCUCCGUGGCUUGGCCUUCUGCCCAGGGCUCAGGGGUGGCUUCCUUUGGGGUCUCCAAGACUGAAAGAAAUUUGGCCCCUAUCAAGAAGCCUCCAGCAACCAGGUUCUGCUCCCUCCUGGCUGUGACUCUGGCCAAAGCCCACACAUACCCUGGGCCAGGCCCCAGAAAGUGCACCUUGGGAGAACGUGGCCUAGAGAAACACCAAGAGUCUGGCAUUAAAAGAUGUGAAGGGUACACCCACAUCCUGAACAAGUGAAACUGAAGCCAGGGUUGAUGGACUGAAGAGAAGUGGACUGCAGGCAAGGCUUGAGGAGGGUAAAGUAUGGCUCAGGCAAGAGACGAGAUCAGCCUCCAUCUUGGGAAGACCCAGCCUAGAAACUAUUGGCCAUUGAAGGGGAGUAACGGCGCUCCCUCAUCCCGUUCCACACACGCGCUGACUCCUUGAGUUCCUCUGGUGUGACCACUCAGCUCUCCAUCUCUGUUCCCUCUCUCAAGCCUGUCUUUCAGCAGUGUGAAAGGACCGAGGAGAACCAGGAAGUGAAAACGAAAUGAAAACAGAAAGUAGACUGGCCUUUCCCAGACCAGUGGGGCAAAGUCUGAAGGUUCUCCGGUCACUGGAGCCGGGGAAUCGCUUUCCUGCCUGAAGGAGUUUAUUUCUACUGAACUUGGGAACAAAUUCAUACUCAGACUCCACAGCCAGAAACAGAAGACAGUAGCUAGCUCCUCCAAGGCCAGGAAAUCCUAAAUGGGGGGCCGGGGGUAGGGUUGAACGACUGGAGACCUGGCAAGGAGAGUGGUCCUCUAGGGACAACUAUCUCCAAAUGCUUCAGAGUGCAGGUGUGCAAGUGGAACCACACAGUUUAUGGGAGCACUUAGUCUGUGACAGGCACGUAGUAGGUCCUCAAUAAACCAUGUUUGACCCCCUGA